GGAGCAAGGAAAGGGCCCGGGGGGGUGGGGGGACGACGCCAGCAGCCUUGCAAGACAGGGGCUCCCUGGCGCUGAACCGCUGCCGCCCCGACACACUUCCCUUUUUUGACGCCGUGGGCGAAGAUGUGUUACUAACACAGUUGCUGGGAUCUGCAUGUUUUCAAUCGGCAGCCACGCAGGCAGAAAGCGAGCGGCGAGGGGAGAGGCGGCUGGCGAGGUGCUCCCGUCGCCCCAGCUUGGAGUUUGCCGGAGUUGAGUGCAUGGCAGGGGCAGAGAGGCUCGGGAGAGAACCAGGCGCUCGGUCGGCUUCAUUGCAGCGCGCGGGGCUCGGUGCGGUAGCAGCAACAGCGGCAGCAGCUUUAGCGGAGACUGCAAGACACCCGAAAGGCGCCGGCCGGGGCUGCAUGCGUGGAUCUUGCUGCGGCUUCAGAACAAAAGUGGCAAAAGAACACUCCUACAAAGUCAACUGCGCCUAGUAAUCAUUUCACUGGGAAUGGACAAUGGGAUGUGCUCUGAUUAUAUCAUGAUCAAAAACUGCUUCCUGCUCUGCAUUUUCAUGAGUUUGGCCAGCCAUUUUGGCUUCUCACAAAUGCCAACACCUUCAGGGAAAGAUGACAACAUCACCAUAUUCACCAGGAUCUUGGAUGGUCUCCUGGAUGGAUACGAUAACAGGCUUCGGCCAGGCUUAGGAGAAAGAAUCACUGAGGUGAAAACGGAUAUCUACGUCACUAGUUUUGGUCCAGUGUCAGAUACUGAAAUGGAAUACACAAUUGAUGUUUUCUUCCGACAAAGCUGGAAAGAUGAAAGACUUCGGUUUAAAGGGCCAAUGCAACGCCUCCCUCUUAACAAUCUCCUGGCCAGUAAGAUAUGGACUCCAGACACUUUUUUCCAUAAUGGUAAAAAAUCCAUCGCCCACAACAUGACCACCCCAAACAAGCUACUUCGGCUUGAGGAUGACGGGACUCUUCUAUAUACAAUGAGAUUGACCAUCUCUGCCGAAUGCCCCAUGCAGCUUGAAGACUUCCCUAUGGAUGCCCAUUCUUGUCCAUUAAAAUUUGGAAGCUAUGCUUAUCCCAAUUCUGAAGUGAUCUAUGUGUGGACUAACAGCGCUGAUACAUCUGUGGUGGUUGCAGAAGAUGGUUCAAGGCUUAACCAGUAUCACUUGAUAGGACAUAUUGCAGGAACUGAAAACAUCAGUACCAGUACCGGUGAAUACACUAUAAUGACAGCACACUUUCAACUGAAAAGGAAGAUUGGCUAUUUUGUUAUCCAGACUUACCUUCCAUGCAUUAUGACUGUGAUCUUAUCCCAGGUUUCCUUUUGGUUAAACAGAGAAUCUGUCCCUGCAAGAACAGUCUUUGGAGUCACUACAGUCCUUACAAUGACUACAUUAAGUAUCAGUGCUCGCAACUCUCUACCAAAAGUGGCCUAUGCUACGGCAAUGGACUGGUUUAUAGCUGUGUGCUAUGCCUUUGUGUUUUCUGCACUGAUUGAAUUUGCCACAGUCAACUAUUUCACAAAGAGGAGCUGGGCCUGGGAUGGCAAGAAAGCCCAGGAAGCUGCAAAAAUGAAGAAAAAAGAGCGUGAAUUAUUGGCAAACAAAGCCAUCAAUGCUUAUGCCUCUGGAAGAAUGACCCCCACCCGAAACAUACCAAAGGACUCCAGCCCUUCUGUUAUCUCCAAUUCAGCCUCCAUUCCUGUAAAACCUGUUGAGAAACCAGCUGAAAGCAAAAAGACCUAUAACAGCAUCAGUAAGAUUGACAAGAUGUCCCGAAUAGUGUUUCCUGUCUUGUUCGGAACUUUUAACUUAGUCUAUUGGGCCACAUAUUUGAACAGGGAACCUGUUAUUAAAGGUGCUGCUUCUCCAAAAUAAAUGGAAAGACUUCCACAUCAAGUGUGAGCCAUACUUGCAAAAACAAAUGCUACUGAGGAAAAUUUGAGGUUCCAAGACUUUUUUCAACCUUUGGGCAAUAUUCAUCAGGAAGUUUUUGCAUGUGUAUCGAUAUGUACAAAUAUUAUUGCCUUGAUUGUUUCUACAUGUAACCUCAGAUGUUUUGACAACUAAAUCAAGAGCAGCAGACACAAACCUUUGUAGGAAAAUGGAAGACAUGGAACUUCUAUGCUGCUGAGUGUCUUGCAUUGAUAGUUUACAAUGAAAUAGGGUAUAUUUUUUAACUGUUUGAGCAUAUUGCAUAUCUGCAGUUUUUUAUACUUUGAAUGUACAGUCAUGCAAAUGUGUGGGAACUGUAGACUCUGCAGUUGCAGAAAUGUUUAUGUAAGUUAUUUCAGAGUUUGUCAGCACUGGGCUAUUCUGGCCAGGAUCCAGAACAAUGCAAGCCCAGAAUGGUUGUGUGCAUGCAAAUGGAUGCGCAACACCUUUCAAACCCGACUACUCAGUAGCAGUUUUUUGGGUUAGGUCUUCACGGUAGUCCACACAUAUACACUAAUCCCUUGAAAAGUUGGAUGUGCAAAACAGUCAUCACAGAUCAGGCAUCAUAGGCACACUUCUUAUUUUGCUGCACAUCAACUUGUAGCACUUUUCAGAGAAGGCAAUUUACUGAGAAUCACUUGGAGUUACUAGCAAGUCUGGCCAAGGAGAACCCUCAUAUCUCUUUCCUCCAUUAUGUUUGCCAACACUCCAGUGUCUUUACAUAGGUUGUGCUUUUUUUUGCACUUGAACAGAAAGAGUAACUAAUCCCUGCUCUGCAGGUUUUUCGAAACUCUGGCGGAAUUAUUUCCUCUCACAAGAGUUCAGCCACCAUUUUGGUUGCCCUGGCAACAGGCAGCCAGAAAUUCUGUUGAGUUCUCAUGAGAAGGAAUCUUAUGUGAGACUGGGAACCAGUAUGCAGCCUGCUGUGCUGCUUUUAAAAAGGUCUGAAGGAACUGGGAGGUAAGUAUGAUUAUCUCUUCCAGGUCAUGGGCAAAGACAGCAGAUGGGCUGGCAGGUGGAAGGUUGCCAGACCUCAAAAUCUGUUGCCUGAGUCAAUCACCUCAGGUCGCUUCACAAUAGAACCAGGCCACAGAUUACAGAUUUAGAGACUGGCAUCUCUUGGCAAGUUCUACAUUUGUUGUCUAUAAUAUUUAUCAAUAUUUGGUGUUUAAAAUUACUAUAUGGUGUCCAUUAUUCACAAAGCUGGUGCUGCUAAAUGUAACAAAUGGAACUGGAAAAAAGUUGAAGGAGUAUCUGCCAGUCGCUGCAGCGACCCAUGUUGAGCAAUGUUAUCUUGCAUGUUUGAACUGACCCUUUCUUCUCCACCAGAAUAGUGUACUUGUUCAGGUUGUAGAAACCCAUAUGUAGUGACCUGUUUCAAUGCACAGAUUAUAUUCUCUUGAUUUCAGAUAUGCCUUUGCAUUUUGUACUAUAUGAGAGGAAAAAUCAAGCCACACUACAAACCCAAGAGCUGGCUGCCUCCUAACACUGGAAUCCUCAGGCAGCUUCAGUAAAUGGGACCAGCAAGCAGUGGUGGCCUUAAUCCACUACGUCCAAAGUAAAAAUUACUCCCUACCCAUUUCACGGAAAGCAAGAAAAUGGUGCCCUGAAAUGUGCCACCAACAGCAGACUUCUUUCACAUGGCUUCCAGUCUUGCCUAAAUGAGAUUUGUGUUAUUAUUGCUGUUACCUAUAUGCUUAAUGUUUUUUUUCCCUCUAGCCUAAUUACAAAGUUGACCUUAAUUCUGGUAGAGUCUCCUCUCCACAAAAGUACCACAACUUUCUCCUCAAUGCUAACCCAAUCUCUGUUUAGAAAUUCCUACAAAAUCAAAUUAUCCUUCUUGAUAGGAGGGGGGGAAAAACCAGCAGUGAUUAAUCCUUUAGUUAGCUAGUUUGUUUAUUUCAUUUAACUUUUGAUUAUAGCACUAUCAGAGAAAGACAAUGUCUUUUAUUCUAACUUAUCUAUUUCGAUUAUUUAUAAAUUGCUUUCCCUCACCUCCCCCUCAAAAAUAUCCUAAAAUUUAAAAAAAAUCAGUUGAAGAUCUCCAACCAAUUAAAAAAGCAAUAAAAUACCAUUAUAAUUAAAUGGUAUGAACGUACAUCAGCAUGAAUCACAACAGCAGCUUUAACUAUAACCAGCAACCCAAUGAUACGCAAAGCCAGUUGAACUUGAAACCUCCUACCUGUCAAGAAAAGUUACGUUUUCCAAAUUUCCUAUAGGAUGCGGCUAUUGAAAACUAUAUAUGAAAUUUGUCACCCAAGCACUCAGGUAAUAACACCACAAUUUUUAAAAAGUCACUCCCUCCCUGGUUUCCAGAAGUACUGGUGUCCUGGCCUAAAGAAUAGCUGAACUUAGCUAUUGUAAGAUCCCUGCAUCUAGGAGGGAUUAAAUGCUAAGCUGAAGUGUUCUAUCCAUGCCGCCUGAUAACAUAUUGUGAACACCAUCUUUAUUCACACUGCAUGUAACUCAAGAGUUACUCUCUAUACCAACUCCAUCUCAUCCAAUGGAAGAUGCACAAUAGUAGUGCCCUUGUUUGUCUCAUAUUCCAUCCUAGCGGAGCUGAUGUUGGAAAAAGUUCCUGGUAGAUGAAGGAUCUCUAAUUGCACAAACAAUGCCAUUGGCCCAGAUUCUCAACCACUGUAAUAUUCAUGGAGCCAUUUUAAUAUGCACUUGCUGAGAACCUGGUUCACUGAUUACUUGAAUAAUAAGGCCACUGCAUAACUCAUUAGGAAUAGCAGGAUUUUUGUCUUUCAGGGAAAAGUAUUCUUUGUUCAAAAUUCAAGCUAAUUUUUUUCCAGAUAAUUUUUCAAAAUAGAGAAAUGUAUUGCAUGAAGUUACCCUUUUAAAGUAGAAUAGAACCAAAAUAUGCCAGACUACAGUUAACUAUUCAUUUUCAUUAAAGGCAACAUGAACAGAUUUCUUCUUGAGAGGGAGAGUUGCCUGUUAAAUUACAAGUAAUCUGGUUCAAGUAAAUAAAGAGACACAGCUCAAACAGAAAGAGAAAUUCUGCUUCAUCAAAGCCAAUUGUUUCCAGUGACUAUCAAGUUUUGUUUAUUGCCAUUCCUUUUGGAAACUUUUGUUGUUGCUAAGGUGAGUUGUUUUGUUUUGUUUUGUUUCAGUGGUGAAUGACUUAAAAGUCUAUCAUGUGCAUACUUAUUUGAGAGCAACUUCCCCCAGUGAAUUAAGUGGGAUUUAUCUCUGAGUAAAUAUGCAUAGAUCAAGCUGCUAUGUUAUUUUUAGCAACCCCCGCCCCAAUUAGUGUUUAUUACUCAUUGCUUCCAGUGGCAUGUAGUUUUAUCUUGUGUUUACACAAAGAAUC